UGUUUGUGAUUAAGCCACGCCCCUAAACACCAAAUAUGGACAAACCUACAUUUUCUCUGCGCGUGUCGUUUUUUUGUGUUGUGGCGGAUGAACUAAGCUAGCUAAAACAACGCGUGUUCGGUAAUCUUCUUGUUUUUAAAACGAUAAAGGAAAAUCAAACAGUUUCUGUUACUGACUGCUGCUGCUCUGUCGGAACACCGCCACCGUGCUCCGCAUGUGACCGAGGGGUCGGGGGAGGGAGGAGCUGUCUGACUCGUGUUCGGUACCGUGGAACCGCGGCCAGUCCCAAGCAAAGACCUAGCUGGGCGGCUGCAGUAGCGGACACACACCUAGGGGAACAAAUAAAGAAGUCACCGAGAAGCAGCCGUCACCUCGACCCAAGUGCAAGCUCCAGUUCUCGUGAAUGUAUAUUCUGAACCACACCGUGAAAAGCAAUUUGAUAAGCUGAAGUAGUUCUGUGAGAGCUUGUGGAUCCAAGGACAUUGUCAGUAAAGGCAGAGGAGAUGAGUAUCAAGAGGAAGGCAGAGAUCCACCUGAGGACGGCGAACCGACCGUGCAUCAUGAAGAGCGGAGGCUCCCAGCCUGAUUCGGAGAGAGACUCUGGAUUCUCAGAUGCUAGCUCAGAGCACACGCGCACAAUGGAUUCCACCGACUCGGAGGAUGCCCCCCGGCCUGUAGGACAGCUGGGGUCACGCGCUCCUGGUUCAGGCCCACGGCCUUCUCAGGUGGCUGUGGUGGGAGGCGCCUACUCCGGUCUGUCUCCUAUGAUCAUCAUGAACAACGUAUUGCUGAAGCAGCCUGUUGACAAUCCUCCUGCUCUGAAGCCCUGGGGCUUUAGUCCCACAGUAGAGGUGGUCCAGCAGCCUCAGGUGGUGUUCCUCCAGCCUGUGGUCUCCCGUCAGACUUCCCCCACCUCCAAAGCGGGCACCUCUAGGCACAGACGCUCUAAAAAAUAUCUUCCAAUUCUGAAAUCCUACCCUAAGAUUGCUCCGCAUCCUGGGGACAGCUCCAGUUCUUCAGGGAGAGGAACUGCUUCCUCAUCCUCCUCCUCCUCCUCGUCUUCUUCAAGGACAGAGAAAUGUAGCGCUUUGACCUCCACUCUAUGGGAACACAGUCACAGAGAGAAGACUCAGAGAACUGUUGCUGCUAGCACAAAUAACUCUGGAUCUGCCUCACUUGGUCUUCCUGGUUGCCGCAGAACCCCGUCUCCAGUACUUCCGAGCAGCCUUGUCCUUCCUGUAGCAGAAACCGGCAGCAGCCCAGCAAGAGAGAGGCCUUCGUCAGCAGCCAGCCUUACUGAGUUCACAACCUCCCUGUCUCUCGAUCACUCCCCUGGCUCCAAAAACGUGUCUGCUCCCUGGUCGUCCACACAGGACAGCACAUCCUCACAAGAAUGUAACCGUGACAACGACUCUGAUGCAAAGAGGAAGCGCUUCUGCAACACAUACAACAUCCUGAGUAAAUCUGGUCUGCUGGACAUCACACUCCGCACCAAGGAGCUCCUUAGGCAGAACCAGAGCACCCAGAAUGACCUAGAUCGGCUCAGAAGACAUACCGACCUGUUCCUCCAGGCCCUGCAGACCGGGGACUCCAGCAUUUGUGUAAAGCUGCUGGCCAGUCUUCAGGAAGAGGAGAAGGAGAGGGCUCUUCAGACCAGCUCAAAGCCAGAUCAGACCCAUAGUAGUGUCCAGCAGUGAUCCACAUGGGGGGGUAGGUGUGUGCAGGGACAGAUGGACCAAAAGUAAUGCGCUCUACAUUACAAACCCUCCCCCCCCCCAGACUGACAGACAGCUCCGUGGCCUACAUUCAGCUGCCGCUGCCGCCUUAGGGUCCUGACACACCAAACAACCCAAAACAUAAAGGAAAUUAGGUCAGAAUAUUUGUUUUCUCAGAUUAACUACUAGAUUAUAGGUACCAGGUAGAUUCUAGUUAACUAGCAGUCUGCUUCUGUGUGAAAGGAACUGUGAACAAAUGUGGUUUUUAAAAUACUCUGUUUGCCUCAAAGUUGUGAAACAACCAAAUCAGGAGCAGAACCUGUUCUCCCUUUAAGAUUAUUUGUUUAUAUCACUUCACCCUCUUGAGAUCGGUCUGUGUUUUGAAGUGGCUGCGCUGUUAAAAGCAGCCUGAUAAACCACUGUUGGUAUGUUGAGACCAAAUAAGGCCAGAGACGAGUUUCCCUGUUGGGCCAAGGUCUCGUCUACAGAAAACCAAAACACCCUCCGGAGAACCUGAUGGAAAAUGUAUCUCUGUCCCCAGAUUAAGCAUCAAAUAUUAGAUAUUCUCUCAUAUAUUACCCCAAAUCCCUGAGAAUAGAUGAAGAAUGCUGGAGUAUAUGAAAUAAAAAAUGAACAGUAGCAACUCUUGUUCCAUUACAUUAAAGAUAUUGGCCAGACUCGGCAUUAAAAUAGUAGAAAUUCAGUAUAACUACACUUUACCAUCUGAACUGGGUUCCGUUUGUCAUUUUAAGGAAUUUUGUCAUAAAUCAUUAAAGAAAAUCAAAAUCUUCUCCAGAUAGUGAAGAACUGUGUUCUGCAUACGUCACUCCAGCACGUAAAACAAGGUAGCUGCUGAUGCUAGUAUUGUGAAUAACUGUAUUUUGUUUACUUUCGUGCUCUUAAUAAUUACAGAAAAUUGCGUUUACAGCUGCAGCAAAAGGUCUGAGCCGUAUGUCUGUGUCCUACACGCAUUUUUAAAUCAACAACCAUCCAUAAAUCCAUCUAGAACCGCACCGGUACUUCUGGACUGCGAGUCCUGUUAGCAUGACUGCAGCAAAACUGUUAACCGUGUUAGCUCUGAUAAGGAAAAAACAAGUCAUUUGGGAAAGCUAUGACACACACGGAUAUAAUCUAAAAGAUGAUCCCCAUAACAAUAGAUCUUCCGUGGACCAGCAGAACGUCCGUGCCAUCCUGGAUUAGUGCAAACGAGUCAAACUAAGGAGUUACUCCAGCAUCAGGAAGAUUCACUCUGGUGAGCUAUUAGUUAUAUAUUUUCCGGAGUUAUAUCAACAAAUGCAUUGAGCUGUAAAACUGGCAGCACACACAUCUGUAGAUUACUGAAUUAUACUGGGACACAUGAUGGAGCUAAGACCAGCUGAGAACUCGUCAGCUUAGAGCUCCCGGUGGAGCACAGAAAUGAAAUAUUUAACAAAAGUAGACAAAAUGUACCGAUUUUGGUUCUGAAGAUGAAUCGGGUCGCGGGUCUUCAGAGUCAAACGGUCUAACACAUGUCUGCGCCUCCGGUAGUGAUAUCCAGCUAGCGGGAUCGGAGUUCGGUUGAACUUCUACGGUAAUCCAAUAUCUGUUCUUGUCGCCGUAUCCCAGAGAAAAACCUAAUCUGACCGACUAGCAGAGGCUUCAGAAGCUACGUCUGACUGAUGAAACAUUGUUCUCUGCUAUAACGCUAACGCAGAAACACUGGAGUCGGGGGUUGUUUACUAGAACGGUUUCAGCAGAGCUCCUUGUGAAACGUCACCAGCUGCCCAGGGCUUAGACCGGAAGUUGGUUUGUUUUUCCUGCACCAGUCAAAAACAUCAGAUUUUCUUAAAAUUUCAGCCGUGAAAAUCCCAAAACCUUUUUCAUCUGAGGUUUUAAUACUUCGUUACACAUGCUGUUCAAAGGAAAAUUGCCUCUGGCCGAUAUCUUUAAGCCAACAAAGAAUUGUUUUAAUAACUGGGUCAUUAGUUUGAGUUUUCAGGAGGUAAAUCAACACUGUUUUUAUUAGUGGCAUAAUACAGCAGAGUUACAGUUAUAAAGAAAAAACAAAGUUCAGAGAUUCCUCGUGCCAGGGUGAAGGUGUUAAUGUCCUUGGUUCCCGGCAGAAGUUCCUGUUUAAAUAAAGGCUCGCUGUGAGGAUGUUCACAUUGUGAAAGCUAAUGAUUAGCUGCUUUAUGCAGCACAGAUAAUCUAAUGUUAAAAUCCUGUUUUUCCUCUUUAUUUUAAAAAUUUCUUUACUAAAGUUUAGUAAUGACUAAAAUUACUUAGAGCCUCUAAAAUAUAAAAGCGUAAUGUCCAAAUGAAUUAGUUGAUGGAUUUUAAGGGUUAUUUUUAACUCAUAUUUGUGAAUUAUGGCCUUAAAAUUCAAAUAAAAGGUGUCACUUAGAAUUUGCACUAAAGCUUUUGUAGCAGAAUUUAAGGCAGCUCAGAAGUGAAAAGUGGCUGGAAAAUAUCGAUCUUUUUAUAUUAAGUAGCCUACAGCAAUGUUCAUCUGCUCACUAUUCAUCUGGUGCAGCUUCAAUGCAAGCUGACGGACAUGUUUUACAUAUUCAUACCGUGGUUUUGUAUUCUAAUCUUCUCUGUGCUUAUUGAGUUAAAAGUGAUAUUGGAAGAAAAAGGGGCGCUGUUGCCUUUUAUAAUCGCAUGUCAUUAAAAUAUCUGUAAAUAAAUGUAACGAGUACAGAAAUGUUCUAAAAUGUUUCUCUUUUACCGAAAACUUUCCAUUUCUUUUGUGUUGAUCUUACGAUGAUGAUGCUUUGACAUGGCUGCUGUAUUCAACAUCAAAGAUGGUUGAGGUCAUUACUCCUCAUUAUCAUAAAUGCAAUGCAACAUUUCCAGGGUAUCUGCAGGUCCUUAAAAAGUUAAAUUUGCUUUUCCAAAUUUAAGGCCUUAAAAUUCUUUAAAAAUGACAAAUAAUCCUUAAAUAGUUUCCAAAGGUCUUAAAUUACCAAAGACCCAGUAAACGAUUCUUUUAUUUCUAUAAAAUUUUCGUGAAUUUCUAGUUAGUUCAGCCUUUUUUGUGUAUGAUAUUGGCGUAAGCGGAACUGUACACAUUCGGUUGGUUGUGAAAGGGGGCUAUUUUUAGAUGAGCACGCUAGUGGGUGUUAGCGCUAUGGGGAAGUGCAACAUUAAUGGUAACUGGAUGGCUAAUCCCACAUUCACGACGUGGUUAGCACCGGUUCCAGGCAAUAGCUGGAAAUUAUAGAUUAAAUUUAAUUUAAAAAAAUAUCUUGAAUUUGGUCAAAGUGGCCUUAAAAAAGGUCUUAAAAAGUCUUAAAUUUGGCUCCCUUAAACCUGCAGAUACCCUGAUUUCAGCAAAAGAAAACACCUUUAGAUACACCUUUUGGGUGUCGGUAGUUUAUGUCCUCCAGUUGUUGUGGUGGCUCAUGGUCCUAAAAUGUUCUAAUGAGUCGAGUUUCUGUUAAACAAUCUUUAUCUCUGGAAAACUGCUCACUACUAGUCAGUUGUUUGCCUCCAGCUCUGUGAUGCUGAAAGAGUUUAAUCGGUUUGAAUGCUGCAUGAAUUCUCCAACCCGUCUACCAAAACGGCAAUAUUUUCUGUACUUUGAAGGGCCUUUCUAUAAGUUCAUGGUUUACUGAACCGCCUCAGUUCGGAGAAAUUACUUGUAAAUUACACAGGACCAAUGAACUAAUGGCUACUAGCCAUUGUCAGAACUUCAGGGCAUAGUCUGGGAUGGAGAAACUGACUAGGAGAUAUCAGGUCCCAGUCCGCUCAGCCCUUUCAGGAUCUUGCACAGACGUCAGCAUAUCGCGACUGCUUCGGCAGUGGGUGAUGUCGCUGAUGAGCGUCCAAAGAAACAUUGAUGUUAAAGGCAUUUAUUCUGUUGAAGUUUAUCAUAAUUUAAUCCAUUCAGAGGACGAGAGCAGCUGUGUGAAAUAAAAUGUGGCAUUCAUUGACCAGAAGAAACAGUUUUUUACGGCGCUCAGAGAUAACGAAUGGUGUGUUCGAUAAACCUCAGAAGUCGGAACUGGGAAUGACGUCGCACCCAGGUUGAUCGCAUUCUGGUUGCUGUAAUCGGACAGGCGACGCCCUCGAAAACUGCACUUUUGUUUGUUCUCAACAAACCGAUGACUAAUAAACCCAUUUAAAGCUCAUUUUCAAAAAAUAUUUGAAGAGAAACUUUUAGUUGCAAGGGCUGCAUGUUAACAUUGAUUUUGAAGCUCUUAUAACUGUGUCUUGUAAAAUUAACGCAUUUCAACCAAAACUUACUGUUGAUAUGGAGAGCUGCCAUUUUGGAUGUCAAGGUCGGAGUUCUGAAAUCCUUCCGUUUCUGACUGGGCGGUCCGACUUUGGGGUGCAUUUCAUUUCAUUUUUCCUACUUGAGAUUUCCGAGUUCAAGAACAAAUCAAACGCACCCAAAGCCCCGUUAAUUAAGCCAUCUAGAGGGAAUUUCCCCGUGUUUCCUGUCUGUAGUUUAGUUUUAGGUGUGGUCGCUACCCAUUUUCUUUUGUUUUCAUUCUGCUUCACCAGCAACUCUUCAAAUUUUACUAAUGCUGGUUGUUUUGAACGUCUGAUGUAAUUUCCUACUGAGUUACAACCAAUCAACGUGAGUUAACAAAAAGCUCCACUCAGCUACUCCACCGGGCGUUUCAAAUACCCACCCCCGAUCAGGUACUCGUUCCUGAAAAUGGCCUUCGACCGACCCGGUCAAGUGGAGACAUGCGGGAUGUUGGGAAGUUCCCAUAAAUUUACCCCGAAGUUCCAUUAAUGGAAAUGGGGGCUAGUCUGAGCUUAGCCAAGAUCAAAUAGUGUGAAAUUUCAUUCAUUAGAUGUUUUAUUAAGCUGUACGCCACUGAAAAUUUUACAUUAUGUGAAAAUUUACAUGGGAUUCUGGGUAAAUAUCUAAGUGCAACAGUUUUGUUGCACCUGGUGUCAAGUUCAGAAAAUCCUUGUCAGAAUUUCUGCAGAAAACACACAACAGGGAAAUGAAUGCUUGCUGAACCACUUUGGCAUUGGCUGCACUCAGACAAGCAUGUAAGACAUGAACUCCGUUUCUCUUAACUGAGGCUGCUCAAGUAGGUAAAACGACGAGCGUCACUUUUACGCAGAAACUUUUAAAAAUAUUUUCCAGAAGAAUCAAACGUAGAAACAUAUUUUUAACAAACGACAAAAUAUGUGUUGGAUAUUUUUUUGCCUUCAAUUAUUUCUUCAUUUUUUAAAUUUAAAGCAGAUGUUUUACAUUCAUGAACACAUGUUAUUUCCUUAUACUGUCAGUGUUGCUAUUAUGAGAGAACAGCAGUUUAUAAAUGACACUUUUACUCAGAGCCUUAAGGGGACAAUCCUAGUUUACGUUACUCAGCAAACUUGCUGAACAAGCUUUAUUUUAUACGUCUCAGAUCAAAAACACUCAUCUGAGAUGAUAUUCGUUCAAUAACAGGAUGAUCAGUGACGUUUUUAUGAAAAGUUUGGUUUAGUUCAGAUGUGUCGUGGUUAGUUGUUGCUCACAUUGGAAUAAUAUUCAUGUUAAUCAGCACAGACUACACUUUCCUUUUAUUGGUUGCUUUGAUUGAUUUUUUUGUUUCCUUUUCAAAAGUGCUGGAACUUUUUUAUUUAAAAACAUAAAUGUAAUUUGGCAAAGGUGCUAAAAGAGUUUGUAAGGGGGAAACGGCAGGUUUAGUAUUAUAUCUAUGUCACCUGAAUGUAGUCUGACUUGUUAUCAGUUAUAAGAAACCUCCACGGACAGAACUGUGCAACCAUUUCAGUUCUUAAUCUGUCAAUCAUGGUUGUGAAAGGAUAACACGUUUUUGUACAUUUGUUUUUGUUAGAAUGUCGUUUUGUGUGUAAUAAAUAUCAUUUAACAAUGUUUUUGUUGUAUUGCUUAAACAUUUUUGAUUAAAUGCAUCAAAUAACUUGUUU